AUUGCGUUUUCCACCAUUCUGAGUCUACUAGCCCAGGCAGCGGGUUUCUGUCAAUAUUUCUCUAAAUUUCUCUUAUUUUAAAUUUACGUGAAAUCCUAAUCAUUUCAAUUAAGGGACAUCACCAUAAAAAAUGAGUGGGGACCAUUUUCUUAAUGAUGCAAAGAUUGAGCCAGAGUCACGAGUUAACGGGUUACAUGAGGAGACGAGCUUGGAGUCUGCUGUCACUGAUUCCCACAAAGAAAAACAUAAAGAGAAGGACAGAGAACACAAACACAAAGAUCACAAAAAGGAGAAGUCCAAACACAGUAACAGUGAAUAUAAAGAAUCUUCUGAGAAAAAACACAAAGAUAAGGAAAAGCUGAAACAUAAAGAUGGAGGCCCUGACAGACACAAAGAUGGAGUCUUGGAGAAGUUUAAAGAUGGAGCCAUUGAACAACACAGAGAUGCCCUAUCUGAAAAGCACAAAGACAGUCACUCUGAAAAGCACAAGGACAAUAUGGCUGAAAAACACAAGGACAUUUCAGAAAAAUACAAGGAUGGCAUCUCUGAAAAACACAAAGACGGCAUUUCAGAAAAAAUUAAGGAAAAACACAAAGAUGGUAUCUCAGAAAAACACAAGGAAAAGCAUAAGGAUGGCAUCUCAGAAAAACACAAAGAAAAACACAAAGAUGGUGCCUCAGAAAAGCACAAGGAAAAACACAAAGAUAAGGAAGCACGAAAAGAAGACAAGCUCAUCAUGUGCUUUCUUCUCCUUAGUAUUCCACACAUUAAAGAAGAGCCUGAAGAUCUUGAGUUGUACACUCCACCAAAAGAAAACAAGCCUUUAAAACGACCAAUGGAUGAAAAUGAUACCGAAUUUCAGCCCAAGAAGAUAAAGUCCGAAGGUAACAAAAAAGUAAAAUCUGAAGAUGUGAAAAAGAAAGUGAAAAAAGGGAAAAGAAAACAUGAAGAAGAGGAUCAUACUCCCAAAAAGAAAAUCAAAAAUAAGGAAAAUAAAAGCCAAAAAGGGGAUGCAGCUCAAGGCAAAAAGAAACAAAAGAAGGAAGAGGUGGAAAAAUGGAAAUGUACUGCUGGUCACCUUCCUGAUACUCAUCUGAAAGCACCAGUCUAUGGUUCAAAUAUCAAGAAAAUCAAAGAAGAAAAUGAGCGACUACUGCAGGAGUAUGGGUUCUGUACCAUGGACAACCAUAAGGAGAGGAUAGCUAACUUCAAGAUUGAGCCUCCUGGCCUUUUCCGUGGACGUGGAAACCACCCCAAAAUGGGUAUGCUAAAAAGACGACUCAUGCCCGAGGAUGUCAUCAUUAACUGUAGCAAAGACUCAAAAGUCCCUGAACCCCCUGAAGGACAUAAAUGGAAAGAAGUGCGACAUGACAACAAGGUGACAUGGCUCGUGUCUUGGACAGAGAACAUACAAUGCUCCAUUAAGUAUAUUAUGUUGAAUCCAAGUUCUAGGAUCAAGGGUGAAAAGGAUUGGCAGAAAUAUGAGACUGCACGACGGUUGAAGAAAUGUGUAGAUAAAAUUCGUGCACAGUAUCGUGAAGAUUGGAAAUCAAAAGAGAUGAAAGUGCGGCAGAGAGCUGUAGCACUCUACUUCAUUGAUAAACUGGCACUGAGAGCAGGAAACGAAAAGGAGGAAGGAGAAACUGCGGACACUGUAGGUUGCUGUUCACUGCGUGUUGAGCAUAUUAACUUACAUCCUGAGAUAGACGGACAGGAAUACGUUGUUGAGUUCGACUUCUUGGGUAAAGACUCCAUUCGGUAUUACAACAAAGUUCCUGUGGAAAAACGGGUAUUUAAGAAUCUUGAAUUAUUUAUGGAAAACAAGCAAUCCGAAGAUGACUUGUUUGAUAGACUUAAUACUACUAUUCUUAAUAAACACUUACAAGACUUGAUGGAGGGGCUAACUGCCAAGGUAUUCCGUACGUACAAUGCUUCCAUCACGCUGCAGCAGCAACUGAAGGAACUCACCAACGUAAGUACAGCAAUAUACUCUCCAUUUUUGAUUCAUUUCAUGCGUAGCUAUUCAACAAAUGCACUGCCAUACUUGGCACGGGGUGGUGAUGGUGCCAGAAUUGAUGCAAAAAAAGAGCAGUUAACCGAAGCCAGACGAGAACUGAAGAGCGCCAAGACAGAUGCGAAGGUCCGGAAAGAUGAAAAAACUAAAAAGAUGGUAGAAGCCAAGAAAAAAGUAGUUCAGAGAAUUGAAGAACAGUUAAUGAAGCUGGAGGUACAGGCAACUGACCGAGAAGAGAACAAGCAAAUAGCACUUGGUACCUCCAAGCUGAACUACUUGGAUCCCAGGAUUAGUGUUGCAUGGUGUAAAAAAUGGGGUGUUCCUAUUGAGAAGAUCUACAACAAAACCCAGCGAGACAAGUUUGCCUGGGCCAUUGAUAUGGCGGAAAUUGAUUAUGAAUUUUAAAUGUAUUUUAUUUUAGUAAUCCCAGAUAUGACUGUGGGGGAAGGCUUGGGGUGAAGGAGGUGGAUAGAUGUGAAGUUGGGGGGGGUGAGACUGUGAGCUUUGCCUGUCCCUUGAAUGAGUAGCAAUAUUGCAACUAAUCCCGUUAAGAGUAUCAGUUUAAUAGAGAGAUGUGCUGGUUGUCGUGUGGAUAGCUUUUUGCUGAUUUUGGCUUGUUCACUGCGUAACAGGAUGGCAUGGGAAGUAUUUUCAUCUUUCCUUCACUGCUGUGUACAGCUCUGUUAAGCUGGUACGUUUUUAGAGCUAGGAUUUCACAAUGAAUUCUAUAUUUUAAUAGAAAAUGAUGAAUUCCUAACCACCCUUUAAGGACUGAAAAAUGUGUACCUCUGCAGUCUGUCACUGAUAUAAAUCAAAGUCUUCAAGGCUUUUUUGUCAUGAGGGACAAACAUCAAAAGUAGAAGUGACAGGUGCCUAAAAUAAAAUGAUGGAGUAGUGGUUUCCCAGCAUAGUGCGUGUGUGGGGGGGUACCUUUUAAAUGUGAAUUUUUUUUAAUUAUUUUAAAUAUUUAAACAGUUGCAUCCUUACAUGUUAAGGAUUUGUGUAGAAUAUUGAAGGUUCAUAAACUUAAAUCUGUUGAAGAAAGCUUUUCCCAUCAGCCAUUUUAUUUCAUUGUACCCGUUAAUGUUUAAAACAAAAAUACUUCUGUCUGGACCAUAUUUUUUAAUUAUUUUAACCCAGUCUUUUUACUUGAAAAUAUCUUAUUGUGUGAAGAUAAAAAGUUUUACUGGUCAGUAUGUUUGAGGGAAGCGAACAUUGGCCCAAGCAAAAGAAAGAAAAAAAGUCUAAAAUUCAAGACUUGGAAAGCAUUUUCCUUUGAAACGGAUUAGGAUUUUACAAGAAUUUUAAUGUGAACAUUUUCUGGAUCUUAAUCAUUUGUUUUAGAUAAUUUGUUUAGCUUACUGUAAGUGUUCAAUGUUCAUUUCCCAUAUUUCAUUUUACUGCUGUUCUCUCAUUUUUUAUCAUGAUGUCCCUUCUAAUCAAUUUUAGGUUUAUUUAAAAUAAAUUUCAAACUACUCAUAA